CACUAGCCAUAAAAGCAACAUAUAUUGCGAAUUUAUCCGUACACUAGUCUAAUUGGCGAAAAUGAAGGCAGGCAUAAGAGUUUUGUUUGGUAUCAUAGGAUCUCUCGCCAUCAUUAACAACAGCCUUCUGCUGGUGGUAAUUUUUCGAAACAGAGCCCUGCUGAAGACUCCAUACAACAGGCUAGUUUUAAGCUUGGCCAUUACUGACUUAAUAACAGGAAUUGGUAUUUUUGUUACACCUUCGUACAUUAUUGGGCCCGAUUCGAUCAAAGUUUCAUCAGGAGGUUUUGGCCAGUUUUUCUGCAGAGUGAUAUAUUCUCAGUACCUCGUGUUUACCCUGGGCAUAGUAUCAGUCUACACAGUUGCAUGUAUGGCUAUGGACCGAUGGCUUGCUGUAGUUCGCCCAACCAAGUACAAAACAAUUUUAACGAAGUCGCGAGUAAACAUUUGUGUGUUAUGCGUAUGGAUACUCUCUGUGCUUUUGAACGCUCCGCACUUGAUGGAAAUUACAGCUACAAGCGGUUCAGACAGGAAAGAGCAGUGUUUAUGGAUUGUUCUUACCGGAGGUACUACUAGAAGAGUUGUGGCUUUUUUAGAAUUUGUGGGAAAGUUUUUCCUUCCCCUUCUUGUCGCAGCCGUUACUUUAGUAAGUAUCUACAACCAUGUCAAGUCGUCACCGGCUCUGUUUCAAACAAAUAGGGGCAAGGCUGGUUUAAGGUUACUACGGAUGUGUUUGUUAACAGCGGUCAUUCUUGGAGUGAGUUGGUUUCCCAACCAGUUGUAUUAUCUGUUGUUCAAAUAUGACAUAACUCGGAUGGACACGCCCUUGCACCAUUUUACUGUCUUUAUGUGUAUGUUCAACUCGUGUGUCAACCCUCUGAUCUAUUGCCUUAGCAACAAGAUGUACCGUAGAUACUUUACGCUUCUUUUGUGUCCGUGGCACAGGGCAAGGGUCACGGAGAUGGAAAUGACUGCGUGUGAUUCUGUCAGCAGAGCUAAUGAAAUAAGACCAACCCAAACAAUUGGACCGAGUGAAGCAAGCGUAACAAACAUGGCAAUUGCUUAAUGAUAUUCCGAAACGCAUCAUAAGCAGCUGUUGCAGAAAUAAUUGAUGAAACAAACCAGCUUUUUAUCUGUCUUCUUUGCCAUGUAUAUAACUUUCUGGCUUAUCCUUGAGUAAGUUAACAAGGAAAGUUGGUGUAUCAGUCAUAAAAGAAAAACGCCAUAUUAUAUUUUGAAAGUGAGCUGGUUCAAAGUCCCUGCAGGGGCUAUGAUCUUCUCUUCUUGUGCGAGACACUCUGCUCUGACAGUGCUAUAUAUGAGAGGGGGGAUUUCUUAGAGACACAUUUCCCUAUCUACUGAUAAAAUAAUUUUGCGCAGUCUUUGAAUGAUGCCAUUUCCAAUAACUUUUCCAUUUCUUCUAAUUUUU